AGAACAGACAGAACCAGAAGGUCCAGAACCAAAGAUUGGACACUGGAUGAUUGGAACAAGAGACUGAGAAGGAUGAGAGGAGGAGCCGGUGGGCGGCGACGCCCAAAGGACUCUCUGCAAGAUCGAUUUCCGGUCGAUACUCGCCAGUUAAGCACCAUCCGAAACCGAGAUUCUGACGCCAGUUACUGCAGCAGCCGCCCCUCCAACUCCUCCAUUGGGAUCGGCCGCGCCCCCGCCGGCCCCAUCACCGAUCGCGCCCAUCAGGCCUCCGCCAUCCGCGUCAUCAACGCCUACCUCGCCUCUCAAUCCUGCUCCACCGUCAUCAAACCCCCUCUCCCCUCUGCCAAAGACAUCACUGACACCAUUCGCUUUAUCUUCACUCGCCUCGACUGGCCCUCUUUCAAACUCGAGGAAGAUCUUCCCCUUCUCCUCAAAUACCUUAAUUGCCCCUUCAAACUCAACAAAUCUGCCCUCAAAGCCCCCGGAACCCCUCACUCCUGGCCUUCCCUUCUCGCCGUCAUUCACUGGCUCGUCGAGUUUGCUCUCUACAACGAUCACAUCGCGUCUUCUCCGACAACCACGACACAUUCACUCUUCCGAGAUAAUAGGGUUCUUACUCACAUCGUAAACAGUUAUUCGCUCUACAUCCGCGGCGACGAUGAGGSUGUUGAAGCUCUCGACAAUGAAUUCAAUAGGCAAAUGGAACAAGAGAGUGAUGCUGUGGCUGAGAAAGUUAAGUCGUUGGAGAAGGAAGUUGCUGAUCUUGAAGCUCAGCUUGAAGCAUUGAGAUCGGGGCCGUCCGAGUGGGAGGUGCUCGAGAAAGAUAAAUCUAUGCUGGAGAAGGAUGUUCAGAAGUUUCACACUAUUAUUGAGGAGCUUACUAACGCAAUUGUGAUGGUGGAGAAGACGCUGAAGGAGAAGGAGAAGGAGUUGGACGCCAAGGUUCAGGAGCAGCAGAGGAUUUCUGAGGAGAAUGAGGAGCUGAAGAAGAGGAUUGAUGCGCAGACUGUGAAUGCGAGGGAUGCGGAGAGGAUGAAGAGAGAGCUCCAGGCUGUGGAAAGAGAUAUUGUGGAGACAGAGCUUGCGAGGAAYGCUUGGGAAGAGAAGUCGUGGGACCUUGAUGUCACUAUAGGACAUAAGCUUAAGGAGCUUGAGAGCCUCUCAAUUGAAUGCAAUCAGGCUCUUAGGAGGAUAAAGCUUGGAGUUAAUUAUCAAUAUGUGCUGAAUCCCAAGGGAUCAACCCCUGCUGAGGUGUUGGGAAUUGACUACAAAGCAACACUUAAACCUUCCCUUGAUGAAUUUAUGGAUAACAUAAAGAAAAGCUCCAAGGCAAAGUUAGAGGAAUUGAUUUCUCUUCAACAACAGUCUGUGGAAAAUGCUUCUAAGAUUGAGAGCAAAAGAAAUCGCCUUGCAGCCCUUCAAUCUAGGAUUGAUGAGGUUGCAGAAGAAGUGGGCCCAGUUUUAGAGGAGUUAGGAUUGAAGAGAGUUCAGGCAAAAUCUGUUUUUGAUAAUUUGGCAGUUGAGGAAUUAAAGUGGAUACAAAGAGCUAAGACAAUCUGGCUUAAAGCAGGGGACAGGAACACUCACUAUUUCCAUAAGAUGGCAAAUGCUAGAAUCAGAAAUUCUUCAGUUAGCAAACUAAUUUGGGAUGAUAAGGUUGGAGAAUCUGUUGCAGAAAUCAAAAUCAGACUUAUACCUGUUUUAUGCACAUCUACUGUGAAUACAGAUUGGUUUUAUACUGAUUUUGUGAUUGUGGUUGAUAGUCCAAGUGCUGUUUUGACUGUAGUAACCCUAAUUUUGAGAUUACUGGUUCUUGACCGGAAUGGAGUUUAA